CUCCAGGAUUUCUCAGAAGUAACGAAAAGAGGCUUGGCCAAACCACCAGCAAGUUGUUGCAGUCCCCUAAGAGGCAAUCCAUCCAGACCGGGGGAUCUGAAGUCCCUGCCUACACCGCUAGCGUAAUGCGUGAAUCCAGCCACUGCCUCCAACAAUGAGCUAGACCGAGCAAUUCUUCCCUUCUCUAGCAAAGCAUUCGAGACGACAUGCAAGACCGAAAGGUCGAUCCCCGGCGGAAGAAAGGCGGCAGCGGGGGCUGCCGGCAAAGGCAGAAGCCCGGCGUCUCCUCCGAGCAGCGUCCCCGCGCUCGGGGGAGGAGCUCUCGCGCAGCCAAGCGCGGCGCCCAGCCCUCUGGAUACCUUCAGCGAGCCCGGCCAGCCGGAGGAGGCGGCGCGUGAGGAAGUGACUUCAGCCGGCGGCGCUUGCAAGCGUGGAGAAGGAGAUCUCCGGCGCGCGGCUCGCCCACGUUCCUGCUCAAAGGCGCUCGAGGCUGCGGCGCUGGUCAUGGCAGUCGCGGCUGCUUCUACCUUCAGGGUCCUCCGUGGGGGGGCAGGGAAAGACAACGUGGGCAGGACGGCGGCGGCGGCAGCUGCUGUCCCUUUUCCCGAUCUCUCCGCCGGGCUUUCCCUUUGGAGCGGCAGCGGCUUAAAAGCCCAGCCGUACUGCACGCUGGCUCCGCAGCAGCAACAGCAGCCCUCCGCUCCGCCUCCGGAUAUGAAAAGCUACCUGUGGAAAAGCUACAACGAGGCCAAAAGAGUCACGAAAGACUUAGUCCCUUCCAUCAUGAGUAAUUUGUUGAAUCCGGAUGCUAUAUUUUCCAACAAUGAAAUGAGUCUCUCAGACAUAGAAAUCUACGGCUUUGAUUACGACUACACUUUGGUCUUCUAUUCCAAGCAUUUGCACACGUUGAUCUUUAAUGCUGCGCGGGACCUUUUGAUCAAUGAACAUCGGUAUCCUGCAGAAAUCCGAAAGUAUGACUAUGAUCCAAAUUUUGCAAUAAGAGGGCUUCAUUAUGAUGUGCAUCGGGCAUUAUUGAUGAAGAUUGAUGCUUUUCAUUACAUUCAGCUGGGAACUGUAUACAGAGGAUUGAGUGUUGUGCCAGAUGAAGAAGUCAUUGCUAUGUAUGAUGGGUCCCACGUGCCCCUGGAACAAAUGAGCGACUUCUAUGGAAAGAGUUCACACGGUCACACUAUGAAACAGUUCAUGGAUAUCUUUUCCUUGCCUGAGAUGACUCUCCUGUCUUGUGUGAAUGAGUAUUUUCUGAAGAACAACAUUGACUAUGAGCCAGUUCAUCUCUACAAAGAUGUGAAGGAUUCAAUCAGAGAUGUACACAUCAAAGGGAUAAUGUACAGUGCAAUUGAAGCAGAUAUUGAGAAAUACAUUUGUUAUGCUGAGCAGACACGUGCUGUAUUAGCAAAGCUGGCAGCUCAUGGAAAGAAGAUGUUCCUGAUCACAAAUAGUCCUAGCAGCUUUGUGGACAGAGGCAUGAAGUUCAUAGUUGGAAAAGAUUGGAGAGACCUCUUUGAUGUAGUCAUUGUCCAAGCUGAGAAACCAAAUUUUUUCAAUGAUAAGCGAAGACCUUUCCGUAAAGUGAAUGAAAGGGGUGUUUUGCUUUGGGACAAAAUUCACGAAUUGCAGAAAGGCCAGAUUUACAAGCAGGGUAACUUGUAUGAAUUUCUGAAACUGACUGGUUGGCGAGGUUCCAAAGUCUUGUAUUUUGGUGAUCAUAUUUACAGUGAUCUAGCUGAUUUGACCUUAAAACACGGUUGGCGAACAGGGGCAAUUAUUCCAGAAUUACGAAGAGAGAUUAAGAUCAUGAAUACAGAGCGAUAUAUUCAGACUAUGACCUGGCUACAAACCCUCACCGGAUUACUGGAACACAUGCAGAUUCACAAGAAUCCUGACUGUCAGAUGAUAUUACAUGAGUGGAAAAAGGAAAGAAAGGAAAUGCGAGAAAUGACCAGGAAUUUCUUCAACUCUCAGUUUGGAAGCUUAUUCAGGACUGACCAAAACCCCACCUAUUUCUUAAGGCGCUUGUCUCGCUUUGCUGAUAUUUACAUGGCGUCGCUGAGUUGCCUGUUGAACUAUGACCAUGAUUAUACAUUCUAUCCACGAAGGACUCCUUUGCAGCAUGAACUCCCAAUGUGGUCUGACCAGCUGUGCACUGGUACAUUCAGAAUCCCAUUUCUGCAAGAGAUGAUUCAGAUCAAAUAACCUCCCCAUUUUUUUGUAAUGUAAUGGUUACCAUAUUAUGCAGUGGCUCCGUAAAGAACAUUUAUUGUAAGAGCAACUUUUUCUAUGGCAGUUGGUUCUUGCUGUACAUGCUAUAGAGCAAACGUGUCUGUUUAGUUGCUCUCUCAUUUUUUUUUAGUGAAAAUUGAUGAAACUGUGGUUGCACUAAGAACUGAUUCUUUCCUCCAGUUGAAUAUUUGCUGGCAUGGAAAAUUAUUUGCUCAUAAAUUUACAUAUAGCUUACAAUACCUGUAAUAUUCAUCUUAUGUACUCUAACCAGAGGGUCAUUGCUUGGAAUUUGGGCAUGAUUUAAAUCCUCAUUCAGAUUAGCUAAAAGCAUAGCUACUGUUCUACUAUAUGGGGAAUGUAAAAUCUCUACAAGCUUUCAAACCCAUGCAGGGCUGGGUAACUUCAUAUUUGCUAUUUUUAAAAUCAGAUAAUCGGAAAAUAGUUUUUAGUGGAUAGAAGACUUAAGUUCAUGUAGCGUUCACCCAGUUUUUUCACAGACUGCUUGUGUUUUCCUCAGGCAGCCAGGAAAUCUGCAAGUAGAAAACCAGAUUGCGUUGCCUGCAUUGAACUGAUCUGAAUUUUCAUCAUACAGAUUUCCAGCCAAUGAAAAUUGACAGGAUAGUAAGUGACGAAAAAAUUGGUGGUAGAAACACUACAAAAGCACCCCAAAUGUAGAAACAGAAAAAUACAUCUCUUAAAAUGUGUUCAAGGUGAUCAUUUUUAUAAUAUAUAACUGAUCUGUAUGAAGAAUUAAUGGAAGAUAUGGAUAUAGAGUAGAGCCUUAUAGCACUGGACACUUUAGUAGAAUGUCAUCAUGUACUUUGUCUAAGAAUUGUAUUUUAUAUAUUGAGGCUGCAAUCCUAUGCUCACUUUCCUGGGAGUAAGUUUCAUUGAAUGCAAUAAUAGUUUAGUAGAUAUAUAAUAGUAAGGGUUAUUGGCCUGUCUUCAUGAUAAGAGUGAAACUGUCACAAUUUUAAAAUUCUCUUCCAGGAUGAUAAAAAAAAAGAUGAAGUUUUUUCUCUCAUUUUUUAAUUCUUAUUCCCAUGAAAGUGGGACUAUGCAUUUAAAAGGCAUAUAGGCUAAAUGUUUGUGGGUUUUAAGUCAGUUCUAAAUGUGCUUACUCAGAAGCACGUCCCACUGCUUUUAGCAGGACUACAACUGCUAUUAUAUUUGUUUCUUGAGUUCAACAGUUAAACAAAUUGUGUAUUAACUUAAAUACAGUACAUAAGCACAUUAUGUAUUAAUGUGCUCUUGAGUACAUUAAUAAAAUCUUAAAUAGCAACACUAUUUCUAUGCUGAUAAUGAAACAGUAAUAUAGCAAGAGCUUUCAUCUAACAGUCCCCUGCUAGUAAGCUAUUUCAACUAAUGGAACAACACAAACUUUUUUAAAACUGUUUUGAUAGCCCAUAAAAAUCUAAAUGUUAGAAGUUGGUAGUUAAUAUGCCAGUUUAAAUCUAAACAGUAAAGUGGCAUAGUAACUGCUGUCUAGUUACUAAAGAAAUUAUUCAAUCCUGAAACUGUUUAAUUUGCAGUUCCAAUUGUUUCUAAAUGUGCUGGAAGUUUUUAAAAUGCUUAAAGGAGUAGAGUGCAAUUUUCAUGGGCAUCGCAGUCCAUCUAUUUUGAUAAUCUUGAAAUAUAACAUUCCUUAAAAUAUUUAUAAAAACUUCAUGUAUUUUAUGAAACUAUUCAAAACAUAGCCAGAAUUUAUUCUUAUAUUUAUUUUUAGGAAAUAAUUUGGCUCCCCAAAUGCUGCUUAAAUAAAUAUUACAAGUUUACAAGUUUGUAAAAGCAUUUCUAUAUAGGAAUUUGCAACUGCAUUGAUAGUAUAUUUUUAAUUUUUGUGUUGUGUAAUUUAAGAACAAUUAGCUGGCAUUAUUCCAUUUUGGUCCCAAAUAUUCACAUUUCUUGAAACAGACUUUCAAGAUGGGUGAACAUAUCUCCUGGUUCUCCCUUUGGUUUCAGAACUAUGGUUUCAAGGCUAAAUCCUUGAACAAAUAACCCUUAAGAGAAGAACUGGUCUUUCUGCAUUUCUGCUACUAUCACAGUUCUUGUGCCCAGCUAGUUGGUGGUCAUGUCAUAAGGGUCUCCUGUACUGCAGUACUAAGUCAGAUUUGCAGAAGAUGCUAAUAUUGUGAAAGAUGAAUGAAUCCACACUUAGUGUGAGGAUUCCCCCCCCCCCAUAGGCUUUUCAUAGAGAUUCAACUAUCCCAACUAUACUCCCCAAAACUCCAUUUUCACAUGGAAAGUUUUCAUGGAUUGUUCCCCACCUUCUUGAUCCCUUCUUUUAAAUUCCCUGAUCACGUUGAUUACUGAGAGACUUGAGCCCAUCAUACAGUGCUGCUGCAACAUUACGCAUGGUAGACAUGGAACUGUACUGAAGUGGAAUGCAUGCUUUGAUUGACUUAAGGCCCUUUGUUGGGGAGAAUAACACCUAGCUGAAUCAUUACCCAAACAGCAUCAAAAUAGUUUACCUUCAUAUUUUGUUGCCUAAUUGUUUUAACUAACAAUAGAAAGCUAAAUGGAAAAUCCAAAGGACAGAAUUAUGUGACACAGGCUGGUAGCUCAUAGGAUGACAUUACUUGAACAGCAUGUAUCAGUCCUCCUAGCUUGUCUGGAUAAUGUUUAUUCACAAUAUUAAAAAGUCAAAUUAGCAUCGAUUCUGAAAAUCAGGCACAGUGUAAAAUCUUCUGGAGCUUAGCUGUUCUUGUAUUAGCAUAUGCUGUCAAGUCCUGUGAACCUAGUAAUUAUGAGCAUUCCUGCCGACCAUGCUAGCCAUUCUGAGAUCUGCUUUGGAGAAGGGUUCUUUUACUGCAGAAUAAAACUUUAUUUCUUUGUAUAAAGUACAUUCUUUGGUACCAAUUGCUGCUACAGGUUUUUUUUAAUGACAUAUAUUGUAAAAGUGUUGUGCAUGAAAUGUGACUACGGAGAGUCCUUGCAUAUGCAGCUACAAAACAUUUUAAGAGAAUGUUAUGGAUAUUAAUUUCAAUAUUUGUGUCCUUGCUCUGAUGUAAUUUUGAACUUUUAAAGCACACUUAAAUUCUAAAACUUCUCACUUGCAA